AUGGCCGAGUCACAGUCAACAGCCAUGUCCUCGAAGCCGCGCACGAGCAGCAUAUCGCAAGCAUCAGAAAGCUCGCAAACAGCAGCCGACUUUAUCAAAGAACAACUCAGCCUCGAGGCAGAAGCACGCGAGGCUCUUCCAUACCAAUUCGACACCUGCACACGCGAUCUUGGUCCUCUCCGCCAGAGCCUCUACGCAUGCCUUACGUGCAACCCGGCACCAGCAUCGUCCGCUCAGCAGUAUACUCCAGCAGGCGUCUGCUACUCGUGUUCGAUCUCGUGCCAUGGCGAACAUACUCUUGUUGAGCUGUUCAACAAGCGGGACUUCAUAUGCGAUUGCGGAACUACUAGAAUACCGGACAUGACGCCUUGCACGCUCCGUAUCAACGCGAAGACUGGACGGAAAGGCGACGUGACGGGUGAGGAGCCAGCAAAGACGAACAAGUACAACCAGAACUUCAGAAAUAAGUUCUGUGGCUGCGGCGAGGACUAUGACCCCAAUCAAGAGAAGGGAACAAUGUUCCAGUGCCUUGGGCUUGGAACUUGCGAAGAGGGCGGCUGUGGCGAAGACUGGUGGCACCCUGAGUGCCUGGUAGGCUUCACUCGGGCUGAGUAUAGCAAGAUGAUAGAGAAGCCGAAAAUUGACGACACGACUGGUCCUGAAGACGCAAUGGAGACCGACAAACCUACGACAGAUGGAAAUAAGAACAGCGAACACACAGAUGAAAAGGCGCCUCCGAAUUCAACGGAUAUUGCGGCUGCAGUGGCAAGUGAUGAUGGAGUUGACGGAAACGACAUUGCAGGAGAUGCUGGUACUCAAGAGGACGAUGACCCACCACUACCUCCAGGUUUUCCUGAGGAGGACGACUUCGAUCACUUCAUCUGCUACAAGUGUGUCGCGGCAAACCCUUGGAUCAAGCAGUACGCUGGUUCAACUGGAUUCUUACCACCAGUCUUUCACGACAAGACUAUCGCGCUUUCUCAUGCACAAAAGUCCACCGUGUCAACUUCAGAGCACAUGAACGGCGAUUCUAAGAAACGCAAAGCUUCCGGCGAAGACGAAGAGGAACAGACAGCAACGCAUCUCCAAGCACCCGCUCCGGCUAAGCGCCAAAAGUCUGAAGACCCAAGCGGCACACUCUCCAGCAUUCCCGAAGAAACCAAGACACUUCCCAUAACACCAAAGAAGCCGGAAACGCCCAAGCACGCUUCCCUCCCUCUUUUGCCCGAAGCUGCUCUUACAACACCCUUCUCUCUCUUCCUCAAGCCUGACUUCCGCGAUCAUCUAUGCCACUGCGACGCCUGCUAUCCCCAACUGAAAGCUCAUCCUCAACUCCUAGAAGAGGAAGACACCUACGAGCCCCCCGUAUCCGAAGAGGGCGAGGAAGGUGGACAAUCAGUUGGCACAGGCAGUAUUCUCGAUCGUGGCGAAGCAGCAUUCAACAACAUGGACCGUGUACGUGCUAUUCAGGGUGCAAUGGCAUAUGCGCACCUAAAAGACAAGGUUUCGGCGUUCUUGAAACCUUUUGCUGAGUCGGGUCAAGCUGUUGGCGCAGAAGAUGUCAAAGCGUAUUUUGAGAAGCUGAGAGGUGACGCGCAGGGUAUUCAGGAGGCUGCUGGUGAAGCGAAAGCAAGUAGGGAUGAUGGAGAUGAUGGUGGAGCUGGAGGGGAUGGGAGGAAGGAGCAAAGUGCCGGCGGUGUUGGCACGGCGCCGGAUGUCGAUGCAGUUACCUCCGGAGGUGGCGCGAUAGAGGAUGAGAGAGAGGGCUGCGAGGAAGCCUCUGGAAGUGAUACCACGGAUGAAGAAGAUGGGGUUGGUUGCGCCGAGCUUUCAGGGGCGCUUGAAGUCGUCGGUGUGAUGGAGGAUGCCAACGCGGGCGGUGUAGGUGUAGGCGCAGGAAUUUCGGACAUCGAAGAUGAUAGCGUGGGCGCCGUGGGCGUUGGCUCCGCUACCUUCGAAGAGGAACUUGCGAUUGAAGAUGAUGGGGCCAUCGAACUGGAAAGAACCGGCUCUGGCAUAGCGGAAGAGACAGGCGUCUCGGCUGGAGCAUUCGAUGGAGACGAUGUAGGUGCACCAGCCACUUCUGAUGAUAAUGGAGAAGAGGCCAAAGAAAUGGACUCUUGCGCUUCGGAUGGCAUAGCUGACUCCUCAUCUGAUGCAGUCUCGGAAGGUACAGCAGCUGUUGGCGAGCCGGACGAUAUGGGAAGUGGGAGUGCCAGAGAAGUUGAAUUGACCAGAGGUGAGGAGGAUGACGCCUGUACAACCGACUCGAUCACGGAAAGAGCACUUGUAAUCACCGAACUAGCAGUGGUAUUGGCAACAGGCAAACUUGAAGGUACUGCCGCGGGAUGGGUGAAGCCAGACAAGCCUCCAGUGGUGGAAGCUGGGACCGCGCUUGUCGCCGAUGCAGGAGGAAUAGCAAGCGAAGUAGACGUCUCUUCCUCUAUGGCUGUCUUGUUAUCGACCGCCCCUACUGAACUCGACAAAAUUCCAGUUUCGAUGGCGGACGAGAUUGGCACACUGACGCUCUCUGUUGGC